AAACUAAUUGCCGCAAGCAGCCGCCGCAACAGUCGUCGCACAGAGGUCAAGCCGAAGAGAUGGCGUUCAAGAAGCGACGCAUCUUCGAUCUGCGGCAAGUGCAGGCCGCCCAACAGCUGGCCGCCUCUACCCGCAGUGAUCCCGUAAAGCGCUCUAGUCCUGAGAGCCAUCAGCCCAUCCAUCGCUUCCGCCAGCUUGGAGAGUGGUUCAGCGAGAAUAUGCGCAAUUAUUGUCAGACCACGUCGCUGCAUGGCUUUAGCUACAUCACGCGGCAGGACAUCAGCCGGAACGAGCGCCUGUUCUGGCUGAUUGUCGUCAUCCUGUCCAUCAUCACAUCGAUUGUGCUGGUCGUCGUCUCGUGGCAGUGGGCCCGCCAGACGCCCACAGUCACGGUCAUCGAGAGCUCGCACUUUCCCACCUGGAACAUACCCUUUCCCGCCGUAACGAUAUGCAAUUUCAACAAGAUAUCAAAGCUUAAGGCGAUCAACCUGCUACAGCAAAUGCAAGUGCCUGCUGGAGUCAAUAGAUCGGAGCUGCACAACCUUUUCAAUCUUACUCUGUUGCCCGUGGACAAUAUGAUCAGCAAUAGUUCGUUGCACACUUAUGACAGGAUCCUAAAGCUGAAUAAUGUCAGCCUCACAACGCUAACGUCUCAGUUGUCGCCGGACUGCAUUGACAUGAUCUCCAGCUGCAUCUGGAAGGGCAUCAACACGCGCUGCGACAGCCUCUUUCAGCGCAUCGAGACGAUGGAGGGGCAGUGCUGCAGCUUCAACUAUUUCGGAGGGAUAACCAACAAUUUCCCAGAGAAAAUCGCUUAUCAGGUGCCAAAGCGUCCGUAUCGAGUCACUGGCUGUGGGUAUCCCACGGGUCUGACCGUGCUUCUCAGUCCCAUGGCCUCUGAUUACUACGGCACCUUCUUCAGCGGCUAUGGGUUCCAGCUGCUGCUCCACGACGCCUACAACUUUCCCGAUGAGAACUCAGAGACCAAGGUCGUGACAUCCACGCGCGAGAGCUUUGUGCGAAUCAAUCCAGAGUCGACCUAUGCCACCAACGACAUUCGCCGCAUGGACUUGUCGCUGAGAAACUGCCUGUUCGGGAGCGAGCGGGCGAUGCACGGACUGAAGCGGUACUCCUUCAUCAACUGCAUGUUCGAGUGCAGGGUUAAGAUGAUCCACAACCUCUGUGGCUGCGUUCCCCCGUAUGUCUAUAACAAUGGUAGCUUCAGGGUAUGCGAUGUGCUGGAUGCUAACUGCAUGAUACACGGAAAGCGUCUCUUCUCCCAUGCCUUGGCCAAUCUGAAUAUGUCGCUGUCAAUUGUGCGCGAGACGAGUAGUUUUCCCUGCGGCUGUCUGCCCGAUUGCCAGUCGAAUCAUUACGCCUCGGAGAGCACCAUGGGCAGGCUGGAUGUCAGCUACUUUGCCAAUCGUCCGGGCAGCAGCAACGACACGGACAGAAUUCUGUUGCAUGUGUUCUUCAGUGACCUCAUGAGCACCAGAUAUCGCACAGACAUUUUCCAGAACUGGCUAUCCGCCUUGGCUUCAUUCGGCGGAUUGUUGGGUCUAAUUAUGGGCUUUAGCAUCGUGACGGCCUUUGAGUUCCUGUACUUCCUGACCUUUCGACCCAUAUUCAACUACAUCAACCGCGAUUAAAGAGAGGGCUCUCC